AUGCGUUCUAACAAUCUUCUCUUGCUCGCCAGUUUGGCGAGCUACGGUCUCUCCCUCCCCACCGCAGAACUGGAAGCUCGUACCUUCGGCCUUAUCCCCGGUAUGGUGCCCGGGGUCGCCCAGGAUCUGACUGAUCUCGUUGGUUCCCUGCUCGGUGAGGGUGGUAGCACCACAGCAACUGUCCUUUCGGGUAUCAGCGCUCAGGCAGCGGCAGCCCUGCAAGGUGGUGCUUUGGGGUGCAAGGCUGGUGCCAUUCAUGUCGAUGCCCGCGCAGAAUUGGCCGCGUGGGUUCGCGCUCAUGCCGACCUUCACCUCGAGGGGCAGUUGAAGACCUCGCUCCUGGACUGGUGUGACGGCGACGACUCUGCUACCCUGUCCGUUGGCACCUGCGCCGGCCUCUCCUUGUUUAUCCCUACUUGCGCCGAUAUUGCCGCCAAGGGUGAUCUGUUCGUCACCAUCGACGGUAUCUUCUCCACUGCCGAGCUUGCUCUCGAGGUGGUUCUCAAUGCCUCUGCUCAGGCCAACCUGAUGGCAUUCAUUAAGAGCUCCAUUGAAUUCUCCCUUGAUCCUAAGAUCAAGGCUGGUCUCGGCCUCUGUGCUGGUGGUGGUGUGGCCACCGACCUGUCUGCGGAAGUCAAGGCUUCCCUGAAGGCUUGGCUCCAGAGCUCUGAUUGCUCUCUAACUGCUUCGUUGAAGGCCUCUGUGAUUGCCUGGUUGGAGGGCAAGCUUGAAGGCGACGUUGUCCAGAUCGGCUCUCUGCCCACCGGUGGUGUCACCUCUAUCUCCGCCGGUGCCGCUGUCGGAGCCCUCGUUGAGGAAAGCGGCGUCCUCGCCGCGAGUGCUAAGGCUUCUCUCGCUGCCUUCCUCGAGUCCGAAAUUGCCGUUGACAUCGAAGCCGACAUCAAAGCUGCCCUGGAGGGUUGUAUCAAGGGAGAUCUGGCUACGAGUCUCAGCAUUGAGGUCCGUACCUCUCUCGCGAAAUGGCUCUCCGGUUCCAGCUGUCGUCUUGGAGCUGAACUCAAGUCUGUCCUGCUCUUCUGGCUCUCUUUCGCGGUUUCCGGCGAUGUGUCCAUUGAUGUAAACACUGGAAUCAUCGGCGAGCUUACCUCCUUCAUCAGCGGCACAGUCGAAACUAUCUUUGGUGGUGCCAUUCGUGGUAUUAUUUCACUCCUCACUUCCGGCGAGAGCCUUGUCUCCCUCUCCAUCGAGGCUCGUGCCCAGCUCGCUGCUGUCUGCGGUGGUGCCGCUAGCGUUGAGAUUGACGCCAACAUCCAGCUCAUCCUUAUUGGAUUCAUCAGCGGCUGCGACAUCGGUGCCGGCACCAUCCCCAAACCCGGCUCUUCUUCGUCGACCGUCCCCAGCAUCCCUGCUUCUACUCCUUCAGUUCCUGCUAUCACUGGUACUCCCUCCACCAGCACUACUCCUACUGGCACUGUUCCCAGCGGCGGUGUCCCUACUGGUUCUACCGGCAAGUCUACUUCAAAGGGCCCUGCUCCUACUAGCGGCUCGACUGGCGGCUCUGAGGGUGGCUCUACAGGCGGCUCUACCGGCGGCUCAACUGGUGGCUCUGAAGGUGGCUCUGAGGGUGGCUCUACUGGCGGCUCUACCGGCGGCUCGACUGGUGGCUCUGAAGGUGGCUCUGAGGGUGGCUCUACCGGCGGCUCGACUGGUGGCUCUGAAGGUGGCUCUACCGGCGGAUCGACUGGUGGCUCUGAGGGUGACUCUACUGGCGGUUCGACUGGUGGAUCUACUGGUGGCUCUGAGAGUGGCUCUACUGGUGGCUCUACUGGCGGUUCGACUGGUGGAUCUACUGGUGGCUCUACCGGUGGCUCUGAGGGUGGCUCUGAAGGCGGCUCUGAAGGUCCCGCUCCUACUCCCUGUGACACCAUCACCUCUCAGGUCGUCGUGCCUGUCGCCACUAAGACCGCUCCUGCUGAGAAUCCCAAGGGCCCCUCUGAGACUGGUCCUUCCACCCCUGAGACUCCCGACGCUCCUUGCGACUGCGAUACCGAUUCUCCCGCCCCCAACGAUACUACUGGUGACUCCCCGAAGAUCACCGCCGCUCCGGUUCCUGGCUCCAGCUCUGGCCCCAAGGUGGUCACCAUCACCACCACCGUCAGCGUCUACGCCUGCGAGUAA